AUGACUGAUACGCAGGGGUUUAAAUCCCAUCACGAAGGAGAGGAAAAUAAGGUUUCGAUGGAACCUGUAAAUAAUAUUCCUGACAAAAAUGAUAAUCAGAUAUCUGAAUUUCGGAAUACUAUUGAGGAACCAUUACCAGUUGGCCCAUUGAGUCAAGAGGAUUCUGAACGUUUACAACGUGAAGCCAAUGAAGAAACCACAAACAGUGAGGAUUUACGACUCUUUCUUCAGGUGAAGUCUUUGGUUUUGUCAUGA